GCGUCCCAGCAUCUCAGUCGAUAGCAUCGAGAUCCAGAGUUUUCAGAGUUCCCAGAGAUUACCAGAACCCGAAACCAACCAAACAGAAUGUCGCACUUCGCCGUUGUCGCCGCCCUCUUCGUCUGCCUCGCCGUUAUCCUGGGGGGCCAAGGAUCCCAGGCGGCCAUUGCCCGAGUUAAGCUGGCCAAUCCCGAUCAUCCCGGCAAGUGUGUGCUGGACUCGCACACCGUCAUGUCGCCCGGACAGACCGGCAAGGCGCCCAAUCUGCCCUGUGCCAGCGCCGAGUGCCAUUCAGACAGCAUGGUGACCAUCCAGACCUGUGCCGCCGUUGCUCCGCCCAAGGGAUGCAAGCAGCGCGACUUCGUCAACGUCAACCGCAACUAUCCCGAAUGCUGCGAGCGAUCCUACGACUGCUCCAAGCACAUCUAAAGCUACUAAUCGCCAAUUUGAUAACCUUUGGUUGGUCUCUUUUUGUUUUUUUUUUUGUUUGUUUUAUUUAUUGUGUAUACUACAACAUAACAAUUAAAAUGUAAACGCUUAGCAAUACAAUUAAAUAAUUUAAUAGAAUCAUUAACAGAAAAUA